AUGGCAUCAAAAGGAGUGUCCUUGAGAACCCGUUCUUUUAUUCCUUUGGAGGGCUUAGUGGCUGCUUUCCCAAGGAGGCAGAUGCUGAUGCGAAGCAUUCCACCAAGCAAUAUUAAGGUUAACCCUGACCCUGACCCUAAACUUUCCAGACUAUCGGUACCAGAACCAGGUUCUGCCAUACCGGUUGAAGGCAGAGACAGUGAAGUGAGCGGUGCAAUAAACGGGUCCAAUAUAGGAUCCAGAAGUGAUGUGUGGACCAUAUCCGCUGAAUUAUUCCCCAGUGGAAAAUCAAGACUGGCAACUUACCCCUGGUUAUCACAUAGAGACAGUGCAGGAUCCCAAAUAGCCAGAUCAAGCAGGAAAGAUUCUAAUUCCAUACUGUCUAUGAUGAGUGCUGUGCUUUUAGAGAAAGAGGCUUUCUUUUUACCCAAGGGGAGUAUUAAUUAA